UUUAUUCUUCAACACACACACAGCACAAGAAGACAACACGACACAAACAGCACACAGCAGAGGAACAACCAGCAAUCAUGGCGGAAAUGACCUUCAACAUGGACGAUGGCUACUUUGAGGGCCUCGUGCGUGGCUUCAAGGGUGGCCUUCUCACCCGUGGCGACUACGCCAACCUCAGCCAAUGUGAAACCCUCGAAGAUUUGAAGCUGCAUCUUGCAACGACACAGUAUGGCAACUUCCUGUCCAACGAGCCGAGCCCGCUUGCCGUGUCCACCAUUGACGCCAAGCUGAAGGAGCGCAUGGUGAGCGAGUUCCAGCACCUGCGCAAGCAAGCCGUGCAGCCGCUUGCAAAGUUCCUCGACUACAUCUCCUACGGUUACAUGAUCGACAACAUCAUCCUCCUCAUCACCGGCAUCCUCCACGAGCGCGACGUCGCGGAGUUGAUUCCCAAGUGCCACCCGCUCGGCGUGUUCCCGGAGCUGAAGACGCUCUCCAUCGCCAACACAACCGAGGAGCUCUACAACUCCGUCCUCGUCGACACCCCGCUUGCGCCGUACUUCCUCGAGUGCGUGACGCGCCAGGAUCUGGACGAACUGAACAUUGAGAUUAUCCGCAACACGCUCUACCGCGCGUACAUUGAGGACUUUUACAAAUUCUGCAAGUCCAUUGGCGGCGCUACGGAGGACGUCAUGUGCGAGAUCCUCGCCUUUGAGGCUGACCGCCGCGCCUUCAACAUCACGAUCAACUCCUUUGGCACCGAGCUCACAAAGGAGGACCGCAUGAAGCUGUACCCGCGCGUUGGCCGGCUGUACCCUGCUGGCCUGAAGAUGCUUGCGGACUGCAGCGACUACGAGGAGGUGGUGCGCGUUGCCGAAUAUUAUGCGGAAUACCGGCCAAUGUUCGACACGGGCGCCGCCACGCCGGGCGAGAAGACCUUGGAGGACAAGUUCUUCGAGUACGAGGCGAAGCUGAACAUCAAGGCGUUUAUGCAGCAGUUCCAGUACGGCGUGUUCUAUGCGUUUGUGAAGCUCAAGGAGCAGGAGGGCCGCAACAUUGUCUGGAUCUCAGAGUGCAUUGCGCAGAAGAACAAGUCCAAGAUUGACAACUACGUCAACCUCAUCGACUAAGCAGCACAACCAGCACAAACCACAGCCACUGCCAGCAACUGCAGCAGAAGCAAGCACAAUUUCUUCAACAGUAGCCCCAAACGACAGGCACAGCCAACGGAAACAGCACUCCACACAACAGCUUCAACCCCGUUGCUGUUGUGCUGCUUUGCUGCUGUUGGUUGCCGUGUCAAAUCCGUGUUCGCUUCUCGCACGCUUACUUUCUUCGCCAUCAUAGCCCACUACUACCUCUACCCGUUCCGUAUGUCUGUCAGUGUGUAUGUGUGUGUGUGUGUGUAUGUGUGUGUGUGUGUGGAUGUUCUUUUUUCCUUCCGCCUGCCAUUGUGUUGAGCCUUGACGUCUGUUGUUGUCCCCUGUGUGUGGUUUUGUGUAUGAUUGCGUGCUGCACGUUUGCAUGCGUGUGUUUGCACUUUGUGUGUUGCGUGUUGUGCGUGUGUGUUCUGUAUCCGUGUGUGUCUUGUGUCGAGGCUUUAAUACAACCACAACAAAAGCAA